AUGGAGAUUAUAAGUGGCAAGAAGAACAUCUCUUUCUAUGAAACAGGAUUUGCUGAGGAUUUAGUGAACUAUGCUUGGAAACUUUAG